UACCCAAUAGCAUUAGCUUUUAAAAUUGUGGGCCGAAGUAGAUCAGACGAAGAAGCUAUUAUGAUGGAAAUAAACUGGAUUUGUGACGAGUGGAGGCAAUGUUUUAUCGAUGGUGGAUGGGCACCACAUAUAUAUGUUCUGGCCAAUGCCAAACUGAUGACUACAAACAACCUUACUGAGCAUAUACAUAAAAUGGAUCACCAAGAAAUUACAAAUCAAAGUAACGAAAGCCCAGUUGACUCUUUAAUGAUAAACUGCCUAAUGAAACAGGAGCACAUAAUUGUCAAGA